ACAAUACGUCACGAUAGUUAACCGUCGAGAAGAAGACCGCCAUUUUGGCUCAAACAAAGUCAGAAGUAUUUUAUCUCCCAGUAAUAUUCUGCCUUUUACCCACAAAGACCUCAUAAAAGUAAACAGGACACCACGUGUGUUUCCACGAGGGAUUGUUUAAUGCAGGUGUAUAUUUAGCUGCUUUUAACACCGCGUCAGUAGUAGGAAAAAAGUAACUAAAAUCUCCAUCUGAGCCUCUCUGUCAGCAGAGCCAGAGCUAUCCUGGCGUUUUACUAAAUUUAGCUCUGCUGUUUGACUCAAAGUGCUGCAGCGAUGGGUGGCUGCUCUGCUCCAAACUGCUCCAAUUCAACCAGCAUAGGGAAGCAACUGUUCAGGUUCCCCAAAGACCCGAUCCGUAAGAAGAAAUGGCUGGUGAACUGCAAACGAGACUUUGAACCAACUCCUCACUCCAGACUGUGUCAGGAUCAUUUUGAACAAAACCAGUUUGAGGAGGUUGCGAGGUCUCCAGCCGGAGGGAGGAAGCUGAAGCCCAAUGCCAUCCCUACUUUGUUCAGCAUAUCAGAACCUCCUUACCCUGCAGCCAGUGCUCAAUACAUAAUACUACCCAUGAAGCCCGAGCCAGUAGAGAAGGAGCUGAAUUUUGGAGACCAUGGGUAUGCCAGACGCACCCCUCUGCCUGGCAUGGAGGACGAGGAUGCUGAAGACCAUCAGCCCUGCACGCGCUGUCAACUCCUCAAGAAGCAGCUGGAGCAGGAGAUGCAGCACACAGCAAGGCUACAGAGGGAGGCAGAGGAGAUGAAGAAGCGCCUGUACCGGCUCGACCGCAUCGAGAAGGGUCUCCAGAAUUUUCUGUAUGAGGAUCAGAUCCGCGCCCUGUCUCUCAGCAAGCGCUCCCGCCGGGCCGUCUGGUCUCCUGAGACCAUCCUGAAAGCCCGAAAGAUCCGCUGUGCAGUCGGCACGAAAGGCUACGAGUACUUGAGAGAGCUGGGGUACCCUCUCCCCUCCUACAGGACUCUGUGCAACCGCUUGGAGACAAAGAUCAUGGUGACGACUGACAUGAGCUGCGAGGAGCUGGCGGAGCUCGGCCUCGGGCUCAUGGCCACAUGUGACAGUCCCUCAGCAGGGGUCGUGGACAAUGACGAGGAGGAACUGAUCGGCGUUUUGUCCUGAUGGAGGAAGAUGUUGAAUAUGCUGAACAAAACUUUGGAGGCUGUAACAAGAAGAAAGCCAGAUCAUGCUUCUUAUUCCAUCUUUGAAAGACUGAGCGUCAUAGAAUGUGCGCUUCGCUUGACAGAGAUUGUGAGUUGUGACAUGUUUGAGUUGUCACAUGGUCACGCUUGUAAUCUGCAAAUGCAGAGUUUUGCAGUUAAUCUAGGAUUGUCAUUGUCUUGACUCUUAUCAUGAAGAAGCUGAGCAACAAGAUGUGCUUCCUUCUGCGAGGAGAACAAUGUAGAUUAACUGGACUGGGGGAGUGGGGGUAAAAGUGUGGAAAUCAUUUGCACAUGCUCCGGUGUCUCACUGAGGAUCUAAUGAGCGACUCACUGACAGACGUUACACAGUUAAGCUCUGAUAGUAGUUUAGAUACUUAUAUAUCCUGAGUGGGAUCAAACCAUCCCAGAGUGGGGAACUGAUAUAUAAAGAUUUAUGAGGGAGAAAAGAAAUAGUUGAUUCCAGAUAAAGUGGCCGACACACUCCUCUUUGAGCUGGAAUGAAGACGUCACCUUUGUAAAAUGUGCAUGGAUUUUGCACUAAUAUGAAAAUGUUGAUAUAUUUAUAAGACUGCAUUCUUAAACUUCAUUGAAGAGUGUGUAACAUUGUCUGUCAACAAAUGCUUUAUCCGCUGUCUGUCGUCUGUGAUUCUCUGCUCGAUGUCCCGCAGACAGUGCUGAAAGACUCAAAGUGCUGCAUCACAUCAUGGCUUCAGUCUCAUAUCAUCCUGAGAAUCUUCUCUCAGUGUAACAUGUUCGGUGAAAAGUUUUCAUACAUCAGAAAAAGAAUCAAGCAUACUGAUAUUUCCAUGAUAGCUCCAUAUCUGCCUGAUAUUACAGGCCAAAGUACUGGUGGCAGACUCCCAGCUCACAUCUGAGUCUGAGUGUGGUGACCUUAUGAGGGCUACUGGGUAAUUAAACAGAUCUUACCCUGUGAGCUGAUUCAUCUACAUUUUAAAGUGAGAAAUGUAUCCACAUUAUGUAACAUUUGAUGGCAUUCAUAAAGCGGCAUCACACAACUGGCAUUAAAGUGAAUGUGUACGGAAAAUGUUUGCCGUUUCUGUUGGUCAGUGUCAAACAACACGGUCAGUACAAUGACCGGCUUCAUGAACACUGGGGUCGACAACGGAAGAGUAGAGAGCUGUGAAGCACAUUGUCAUCAUUGCUGAUCAUGUCAAACUACCUCUCUGAUGUUUUCGUGCAACUAAGGUGGCCCUGAGGAGGGAACAACAACCCACAGUUUGACCCAAUAAAAACACAUAAAACACCUGAAA